ACAUCUUCCAAUGCGACAACAUGAAUUGAGAUGUAUUGUCCGAUUAGAUGAAGUCUCUCAUUCCUUAUAGAGCUUCGUAAAAUUAAUUUAUAGCUUUUGAUUGGUUUACGAAUACAACGAAUGAUUUUAUUUAAUACAAUGCCACGAAGUGCUGAGCACUAAUGAUAAAUUCGAAGGUCUCUGGUCGUUCCACUGGAUCACGCCUACGCUUAACGCCCAUCACGCCCUUAUCCGUACUUUAAUCUUCUCGCCUUGACCGUUGUCUGCUAUCACGGCAACGAAACCAUAACGACGACAACCGAGCGCAAUUCCAUUAUUUAUAAUCCACCGUGGUCGCUUUUUCCCAUUUUUGAAUAUGACUCGAAUUUUGCCCGAAACUUGCGCCCCUCAUCCGACACGAUGCCGCCGCACCGAACAUAUAACAUCGCUAUGGUUAGCGACUUCUUCUUUCCCCAGCCAGGUGGGAUCGAGAGUCAUAUCUACCAACUUGCUACGAAGCUAGUCGAUCGAGGACAUAAGGUCAUCGUAAUCACCCAUGCCUAUGAUGACCGGAAAGGGAUUCGCUACUUGACCAAUGGCAUCAAGGUCUUCCAUGUUCCAUUUGCCGUCAUCUAUCGAUCUGCCACCUUUCCGACCGUAUUUUCGUUCUUCCCCCUCUUUCGAAAUAUUAUACUUCGCGAACAGAUUGAGAUUGUUCAUGGCCACGCUAGCUUAAGUAGUCUCUGCCAGGAGGCUAUGCUACAUGCCCGAACGAUGGGAUUGAGGACUGUCUUCACAGAUCACUCGCUAUUUGGUUUUGCUGAUGCGGCAAGCAUCUUGACCAAUAAGCUACUGAAAUUCACGCUCAGUGACGUAGACCAUGUUAUAUGCGUCAGUAAUACAUGCAAGGAAAACACAGUCCUAAGAGCAGCUUUAGAUCCCCUCAUGGUCUCCGUAAUCCCCAAUGCUGUUGUCUCAGAGAACUUCAAGCCUCUUCCUCGUCCGGAUCCGAGUAACAUGACAUAUGUGCAGCACCCUCUACCAGCUCAUCCCCUCGGACCAAAUGACACCUUGACGAUCGUGGUUAUUAGCCGUCUUUUCUACAAUAAGGGAACAGAUCUACUCACAGCGGCCAUUCCCCGAAUUCUCGAAAACCACCCAAACACUCGAUUCAUCAUCGCUGGUUCAGGACCUAAGGCAAUUGAACUAGAACAGAUGAUCGAGCAAAACGUGUUACAAGACAAGAUCGAAAUGCUUGGGCCGGUGCGACACGAGAACGUGCGCGAUGUCAUGGUAAAAGGACAUAUCUACCUACAUCCCAGCUUAACAGAAGCCUUCGGAACCGUGAUCGUCGAAGCAGCCAGCUGCGGGCUAUACGUCGUAUGCACGGCGGUAGGCGGUAUCCCGGAAGUUCUCCCGUCGCACAUGACGGUGUUCGCGAAGCCGGAGGAGGAUGACCUGGUAGCAGCGACGGGCAGGGCAAUCGCGGCGCUCCGCGCGAAUAAGGUCCGCACGGAGAAGUUCCACGAGCAGGUCAAAUCCAUGUACUCCUGGACCAACGUAGCCAAGCGCACCGAGCGCGUCUAUCGCGGCAUUUCAGGUGAUAUCGGCGAGGCCGAGUUCUACGGCUUCGACGUCGGCCACGACCCGCACUGGCACGCCACACGCGGUCGCAACUUCGCACUUAUCGAUCGCCUGAAGAGAUACUACGGCUGCGGUGUCUGGGCUGGGAAAUUGUUUUGUCUGUGUGUUAUUAUCGAUUAUCUGAUCUUCGUGUUUUGCGAGUGGUUCUGGCCGAGGGAUCGGAUCGAUAUCGCGAGGGAUUGGCCCAGGAAACAUUUUGCUGGGGAUGAUGAUGAGUAAGAUGAUAGAUUUGGGUUCAAAGGCGUGUAGCGUUAUGGCGAGCCGAAUGAAUUUAUAUAUAUUACAUGUUACAUUACGUAGAGACGUUUGUAUUUCCCUUUUCUGCGUGCUGAUACUAACACUAUCUUUUAAGUAUCGUUUUCAGCCCGGAAGAUAAGGGGC